AUGUACGAGAAAAUUUCGAGCAUUCGCGCGGCUUCUUCCAUGUCCGGCAACGACAACAAAUCCGGCCAGUUCACGUCCCUACCGAGAGCCAUCUUCCCCAUAGACCACUACAAAUUGCAACUCUACCAAUACGCAGUCGCCGAACGGCUCCGGUACCCCCUGCUGAACCCCCUGCCCUACUAUCCGCUGCUGCCGAGGUCCCUCCAGCCGGAGGAGCCGAAGCCCCAGCACAGCUACAUCGGCCUCAUCGCCAUGGCCAUACUCAGCUCGCCCGACUGCAAGCUGGUGCUCUCCGACAUCUACCAGCACAUCCUCGACCACUAUCCCUACUUCAGGACGCGCGGCCCCGGCUGGAGGAACUCCAUCCGGCACAAUCUCUCCCUCAACGAUUGCUUCAUCAAGGCCGGGCGCAGCGCCAACGGCAAGGGCCACUACUGGGCCAUCCAUCCGGCCAACGUGGAGGACUUCCGCAAGGGGGAUUUCCGCAGGCGCAAGGCCCAGAGGAAAGUGCGGAAGCACAUGGGGUUGGCGGUCGACGAAGACGGGGCGGAUUCGCCGAGUCCGCCGCCGCUGUCGGUGACUCCGCCGGGUCUGGCUCUGACGCCUCCAGCUACGAUCCUGGCGCCGGGUCCUUCGAGCACCGCUUCGGGCGCGUCGAGGACGUCCAGGAAGCGGCAGUUCGACGUCGAGUCGCUGCUGGCGCCGGAUUCGGGCGAGGAGACGGCCGAAGAGGACAUCGACGUGGUGUCGUCGAACGAUCAGAAAGGCUUGAUGGAUAAAUCCGAGGCCAGCCAUCAAUUGGCCCAAGUGUUUCCCAUCGUGGAUUAUUACCAGGCUUUCCUGAAUACGAUUCCGACGUUUAGCGGCGGCGUGGAAAGCGGGAAAAGCGCCGAUACUUAG